GCACACCAGAAGUGGAAAGUGGAGUUUGUGAACAGGGAAAAUGAAGUGUUUUUUCCAAAUGUGUGUUUUGUUUCUCUUUUUCAUGAUGAACCAUUUCAGUGGUGCCAGAUACAUUCCUGAAGGAGUUCCUUAUGAUGAGCCCCCAGCAGUUCCAUACUGGCCCUACUCUACGACUGAUUUUUGGAACUACAUAGAGUACUUCCGCAGCAUUGGUGCCUAUAAUCACAUCAACGAAAUGGCUCGGGCAUUUUAUGCCCAUCAACACCUUGGAGACACCUUAGGCUAUGAGGUGCCAGAACUGCCAGAGUAGAGGCAUUAUGCAUGGGCAGACAUAAUUUGGUCAACAAGGUUCAAGAGGUGCAACUGAUACUAUGCAUUAAGUCUAAAUGGUAUUAUUGUCAUAUAUGAGUAGCCUACGUCAUCAACUAUUUUCUCAAGUGUAUACAAUAAAUGUUAGUAGCCUAAAUAGAUUAUUCUAAUUUCUUUACCACCCUAAUUGUGGUGGCAUAUGUAAAUCUGUGUUGUCAGAUCAUUGUACUGUAUAGCCUACUAAUA